AUGGCUAUUUGGGAAGAUCAAUUUGCGCGUGGAAAGCGUGAGCUACACAACACUACGCAAAAAUACUUAAUAUCAAAUGAUCUGGAAUCGGGUUACGGGAAUGCUAGGCAUCCGAAUGACAUGACCGCCGGUGAGCUGUAUUUAGCUAUGGAGAAUCUGUUGGAAGCCAAUGGCAUUGAUAAAACGUGUCUAAUGCGCAGUGUUUGUGAGUUGGCCCACCAUCCUAUUAGUGAAGAUCAUGGCUAUAGCUACCAUCUUCUUGCCAAACUACUGACGUUUAUUCUGACGCCCUCGCAGCAUGAUGGUUUCGAUGAAAAUGAGAAAGAAUGUCGGGAUAGAUAUGAGCAUGCGGAGCAAGUGGGCUUCCUAUCUGGAAAUUGUGAACAAAUGUUUCCCUACUGUGAGGUGAACUUGUUGGAGUCCAUAACAAAAUUUAUAUGA